AUGCGAAGGAGAAAGCAUGAUAAAGGCAGCAUCUUCCCAGGAUCCAUGGGCUCUUUGAGAGAUGAUCAGAGGGAGGCCAGAUGAUCUGCACAACACACACACCACUGUUUCUCAUCCGCAAAGGCAGCAUCGGAGAGUUCUCCCCAGCCCCGUGCCGCCCGGCUUGCCCGAUCGGUUCCGGAUGUUUCGCAGCUGUGAGUGGGAAAUCCUGGAGCGAUCCCUCAGUAUCCUGCAGGCCAGCGACUUCUACUGGGGCCCCUUGUCUGUGGGGGAAGCUCACGCCAAGCUCCAGCGGGAGCCCGUUGGCACCUACUUGGUGCGGGACAGCUCACAGGGGAACUGCUUGUUCAGCCUGAGCGUGCGGAUGCCGACAGGGCCUGUCAGCCUCCGAAUCUCUUUCCAGGAGGGCUAUUUCCGUCUGAAGAACUGGUUUUCAGACUGCGUGGUGCGGCUGCUGGAGCUGGUGGUGGCAGGGACCCGGAACAACCCCUUGCACUUUGAUGAGAUGGGGGGAACCCCCCUGGUCUUCUCUGAGCCGCUGUGCCGGAGCCGCCGUGCAGUGCCUACACUGCGAGAACUGUGCUGUCGGAGCCUGCCUGCUGGGGCUGCGACAGGGGAUGGAGCAGGGCUGGGGGGCUCCUUGGGGAUGUGCCUGAGGGAGGAGGUGGUCUCGCCGCCAGGCAGAAGGGGGAGGUCAGACAGGAGCAUUGUCCCCAGCCACCCUCUGCCCUGGGCUGGAAGAUGA